AAAACAAAUCAUCCGGCAGUCUUGCAUUUCGUUUCAUUUUAAAAGGGAAAAUAUACGAGCCACCCUAACACAAAUUAAUCAGUUUUGGCUCUGCUCAGUAAAAGAUGCAUUUUAUUCUGCAUGUGGCUAGGAAGCAGAAACUCCGAAGCACAGGUCUAUCGAGAACGAGGAGGAGGACCUCCGGUAUUGGGCCUGAGAAAACACCAAGAAGUCUACUUAGAACAGGAAGGAGGACCUCCAGCAUCAGGCCUCCAAAAACACCAAGAGGUUUACUGAGAAUAGGAAGGAGGACCUCCGGAAUCAGGCCUCCAAAAACACCAAGAGGUCUACUUAGAACAGGAAGGAGGACCUCCAGCAUCAGGCCUCCAAAAACACCAAGAAAUCUACUGAGAACAGGAAGGAGGACCUCCGGAAUCAGGCCUCCAAAAACACCAAGAGGUCUACUUAGAACAGGAAGGAGGACCUCCAGCAUCAGGCCUCCAAAAACACCAAGAAGUCUACUGAGAACAGGAAGGAGGACCUCCAGAAUCAGGCCUCCAAAAACACCAAGAGGUCUACUUAGAACAGGAAGGAGGACCUCCAGCAUCAGGCCUCCAAAAACACCAAGAGGUCUACUGAGAACAGGAAGGAAGACCUCCGGAAUCAGGUCUCCAAAAACACCAAGAGGUCUACUGAGAACAGGAAGGAAGACCUCCGGAAUCAGGUCUACUGAGAACAGGAAGGAGGACCUCCAGAAUCAGGUCUCCAAAAACACCAAGAGGUCUACUGAGAACAGGAAGGAGGACCUCCGGAAUCAGGCCUCCAAAAACACCAAGAGGUCUACUGAGAACAGGAAGGAGGACCUCCAGAAUCAGGUCUCCAAAAACACCAAGAGGUUAGUCUUAUCCUAA